CUCAACGUCGCGACGCUCAUACGAACGACUUAGCCACCACUGUUAGGCGGCGACAGCACGCGGGUUUCAACACUGAAAUUUUCGACGGUCAGUGCAUCAACGAAAAAGAGACUAUCCUCCAGCAACAAUGUCUUCCUCAGUGGCGAGGAGCUCCAAAUACUCAUACCGCUCAUCGGGAGCAGCUGGUGGUAGUGCCGAUGUCAGCAUCGAAUACAGUGCUGAUUUGACAGCCCUUUCUAGGCUUGAGGACAAAAUUCGUCUACUUCAAGAUGACCUCGAAAUUGAAAGAGAACUUAGAUCAAGAAUUGAAAGAGAAAAGGCUGAUCUCAGUGUACAGGUUAUCCAACUUUCUGAACGAUUGGAGGAAGCCGAAGGUGGUGCUGAAAGUCAGUUUGAAAUUAACAAAAAACGCGACACCGAACUGUUGAAACUUCGCAAACUUUUAGAAGAUGUCCAUUUGGAAUCCGAAGAAACUGCCGCCAUCCUCAAAAAGAAGCACCAAGAAAUCGUCGUCGACUUCCAAGAACAAAUCGACUCUCUUGCUAAAGCCAAAUCUAGAGCUGAAAAAGAGAAGAGCAAAUUCCAGAGCGAAGUGUACGAGCUUCUCGCUCAAGUAGAGAGCGUAACAAAGGAACGCUUAAUCUCCGUCAAACACGCCGAAAAAUUGGAGAUCACCAUCAGCGAACUCAGCGUCAGAAUCGAGGAGUUGAACCGCACCAUCGUAGACAUCACCUCACACAAAACUCGCCUCUCUCAGGAAAACAUCGAACUCACCAAGGAAGUACAAGACAUCAAGGUCAACCUCGAAAACGCCAUCUACCUCAAGUCCCAACUCGCUGGCCAAUUGGAAGAUGCCAGACGUCGCGCUGAAGACGACGAGAGAAGGCGCUCCCUCCUGGAAGCCAACCUCCACCAGGUCGAAAUAGAGCUCGAAUCUGUACGUGUCCAACUUGAGGAGGAAAGCGAAGCCCGUCUCGACCUUGAACGCCAACUCGUCAAAUCCCAAGGUGAAGUUCAAGUAUGGAAGUCCAAGUAUGAAACCGAAGCUGCCGCCCGCGCCGAAGAAGUUGAGGAACUCCGUCGUAAAUUCAAUGCCAGGAUCCAAGAACAGGAAGAACACAUCGAAGCUCUCUUGGUUAAGGUCAAUAACCUCGAGAAGCAAAAGUCUCGCCUCCAAUCUGAGGUCGAGGUUCUCAUCAUCGACUUGGAGAAAGCCAACAACACAGCCAGGGAAUUGCAGAAGCGCGUCGAACAACUCGAAAGGAUCAACAUCGACCUCAAGACUCGUCUUGAUGAGACCGUCCAGCUGUACGAGCAAAGUCAACGCGAUCUCCGCAACAAAGUCUCUGAACUACAGCGCACUGUCCACGAAUUGGACAAAACUCGCGAACUUAAGGACCAACUUGCUCGCGAAAAUAAGAAAUUGGCCGAUGACCUUUCUGAUGCCAGAAUUACCAUCACCGAACUCACCAGACGUCUGCAUGAGGCUGAAUUGGAAAUUCGUCGUCUUGAAAAUGAACGCGAAGAACUUACCGCUGCUUACAAAGAAGCUGAAGCUGGACGCAAAGCUGAAGAACAACGUGCUCAACGUCUGUCUGCGGAACUCGCCCAGUUCCGUCAUGAGGCUGAGAAACGUCUUCAUGAGAAAGAUGAGGAAAUUGAAGCCAUCCGCAAAGCUACCAGCAUUGAAAUUGAACAGCUCAAUGCCCGUGUCGUCGAGGCCGAGACCAGGCUCAAGACCGAGGUCGCCCGCAUCAAGAAGAAGUUGCAGAUCCAGAUCACUGAACUUGAAAUGUCCUUGGACAGCGCCAACAAGAUCAACAUUGACCUCCAGAAGACCAUCAAGAAGCAGUCCUUCCAGCUCACUGAAAUCCAAGCUCAUUACGAUGAGAUCCAACGCCAGUUGCAGGUCACCUUGGAUCAACUUAGCGUCUCCCAAAGGAGAGUACAAGCCCUUACCGCAGAAGCUGAAGAGAUCAGGGGCAACUACGAAUCUGCCCUUCGUGGUAAGAGACAAGCCGAGCAACUGUACGAAGAAGCUGGCACCCGCAUCAACGAACUUACCACCAUCAACGUCAACAUUGCUUCAGCUAAGAGCAAAAUUGAACAGGAACUGUCUACCGUUGUUGCUGACUACGAUGAAAUCACUAAGGAACUUCGCAUUUCAGAUGAACGCUUCCAACGCGUUCAGGCUGAACUGAAACAUACCGUUGAAAUCCUCCAUGAAGAACAGGAACGCGUUGUGAAGAUCGAGGCCAUCAAGAAGAGUCUUGAAAUUGAAGUGAAGAACUUGUCCAUCCGUCUGGAGGAAGUUGAAGCCAAUGCUAUUGUUGGAGGAAAACGUAUAAUCAGCAAAUUGGAAUCUCGUCUUCGUGAUUUGGAAGCUGAAUUAGAUGAAGAAAAAAGACGUCACGCUGAGACCAUCAAGAUCUUGCGCAAGAAGGAACGCACAGUUAAGGAAGUCAUGAUCCAAUGUGAAGAAGACCAGAAGAACAUCGCUCUUUUGCAAGAAUCUCUUGACAAAUCCAACCAGAAGAUCGUCUUAUUCAAGAGGCAGUUGCAAGAAGUGGAGGGAGUUUCCAGCCAGAGCGUGACCCGCGUGCGCCGCUUCCAGAGAGAAUUGGAAGCCGCAGAAGACCGUGCCGAAACCGCCGAAUCAAACUUGUCCCUCAUCCGCGCCAAGCACCGCACUUUUGUCACUACCAGCUCGGUACCCGGCUCCCAGGUCUACCUGGUGCAGGAAAGCCGAACAGCCGAGAUUUAACUGCCCAUCAUAGCGACUAAUAAACUGCCUCAUGUGUCUUAACAUUACCUUUAUUUCGACAUGUGAUGUAGUAAAAAUAUGAUCAUGUUAUCCAAAUAAUUUUUUAUUUUUUUUUCUUUCGUGCACAUAAUAAAUAGAUAAAUAUAUAUAUAUAACAACCACUCUCUUUGAAAUAUUUUCAACAUAACGAAACAUACACAUUUCAUACAAAAAUAAAAAACAUAAGCGAUUUAUAUUUGUUUCUCGAUCGCACAUGUAAAUUACGUUAGGAGGAAGAAAUAUGUAGGUUUCAGAAUGUUAUUGUAUCAGCUGUAUUCUUUUAAUGGAGAUGCAGGGGUAUUGAAUAUGUAAUAUGUAAGUUGAAUGUACUGUGUAAGAAUAAAUUGCUUAUAUACAG